AUGGCUGGUUGGGAGACUAGCCUUGUUAGACUUUUGUGCAGGACGGAGGGGGCCGGGCUGGGCACGCGGCUAUCGUCCGAGCUGCUUGACCCAGUCAUGGGUGGUACGGUCAUGUCUAUCCGUCUGAGCUCCAUAGCCGCUAGCUACUCUGUUUGGACAAAGGUCCAAAUUCGAAUUUUCCAGUCUUUGAGCCCAGACUAUGGAGACUGUGUAUAUGAAGCAGCGGGAUCCGGAAGUUUAGAUCACCGAUUGAGAUCCGGGGGAGGAAAAGUCUUUGCCAACAUCCGGUACAAAAACCCACACCAGCAACAUAGCAUCGUGUCGAUGCCGGGUCCGAUCGUGCCUAGCUUCCGCAGGGUAAGAGGGAGGAGAUUUGAUAAUGCGCAUAAUGCGCAGGAUGAUAUUGUGACCAACCAGACUAUUCAGGGACAGCGGGUCUUGGCUGCAGGCGAAAUUGGUUCUGGAGAUCCACUGCUUCCAAUUGGCUGCGGAUGGCUGGCGGGUGGAGCCCCCAAGACCAAUCAUCAGGGGCAGUCCGGAAUCCCAUGA